AUUAAAUUCCUUUUAAAGAGAUAAUAUGGAAUACAUUAAUCCUACGUUAUUACAAAAGUACGAAACCAUAAUUAAUGAAAUUAAUAUUGAACAUGAAAAAUUCAAACAGCUAGAGGAAGAACUGCAGCAUGAAAAUAACAACUUGGUUGUUUAUAAUUUAGUUAAAAGUGGAACUCUUGAAAAAUUAUCUCAUAUAGAUGUUAAAAUAUUUAACACUGUAACCGAAUUGUUAAAUUUGUAUGCGGAAGAUUUGGAUAAAACUAUAUUACAACAUAAAAAGUAUUGUAAAUAUUAUUUAGUUGAAAUCUAUUUUACAAAACAUUUACUUGACAAAUUAUCUAAACCAGAUUGGCUAGUUUCAGUGUCAGUGCAUUGUGAUACUUUUCAUCUUUCUAAAUCUGUAAAAUUACCAAGAAAAUCUCAAACUAUAAUGGAAAUAUUUCCUAUAAUGGAAGGUAUUUCAGAUUGUACUGUAGAUGCUUAUUUAAUAAAUACAAAAAACCAAUCAAUGGUAUUUAAACUGGAUUCCGUAAAUAUAGAUAUAUCUUACUAUUUUUAUAAAUACAGGAGAUCAUACAACAAGUUAUAUGAUAGUUUAUACUUAACAAAAUUAUACAAUAAAAGUUUAGAUAUAAAUUGUUUAAAAGACUUGCCUCCAUUGAUGUAUCAACUUACGCUUCCACUGGAGAAACAAAAAUUUAUUGAAACUGUUUUAAACAAUUCUUAUCAUAAUCUAGAUGUAGAAAUGUUUGGUGAUUUACAUAAUGAAAAUAAAAAGGAUAUUACUAUUCAAAUCGGUGCUAAUUUUAACAAAAUAGAGGUUGUAUUUAAUCAUGACAAUAUGAAGAUCAAAGGAAAUUAUAAGGAUCUUCAAAAGUUGAAGAAAUAUUUUCUGAAUAUGCUUCAUCGAAAUGGAUAUACUUCUAAAAAAGUUUCUGGUUUAUUAGAGAUAAAAAAUACUUUGAUUUUAAAUAUUGAAGAUGCUGUUGUUCUAUAUAAUAAUACUAGAAGAUUGUCAUCCAUUCUACCAGUCUAAAAAAGUGAUAGCUUACAAACUUGUAAGAAACAUCACAGGU